AUGGGUGGUGUUGCCUCCCUCAUCUGGCAUAAAAGCAAGGGCAGGCAGGGCAGGGGGGCAGGAGGCCAGAGUACGCUGGGAAGCAGCGGGGAGCAGAGGAGACGCAGGACCAAGGCGAUGUUCUCCCUGCUCAGUGGGCUGGCUUUCCUAGCCAUCUCCUUCCUGCUCCUGAAACUUGGCACCUUCUGCUGGGAACGCAGCCGCCUUCCUCCCGGCCCCCUCCCUUUCCCCGUCCUUGGAAACCUGUGGCAACUAGGCUUUCAGCUGCACCCCGAGACGCUGCUCCAGCUGGCCCAGACUCACGGCAGUGUGUUCACUGUGUGGGUGGGCCCCACGCCCGUCGUGGUGCUGAGCGGCUUCCAGGCUGUGAAGGAGGCGCUGGUCUCCAACUCGGAGCAGUUCUCGGGCCGGCCCCUGACCCCGCUCUUUCGGGACCUGUUUGGAGAACAAGGAGUCAUCUGCAGCAAUGGGCACACGUGGCGGCAACAGAGGCGCUUCUGCCUGGCCACACUUCGCGGGCUGGGCCUGGGCAAGCUGGCGCUGGAGGUCCAGCUACAGGCAGAGGCGGCAGAGCUGGCUGAAGCCUUCCACCGGGAGCAGGGUAGACCCUUCGACCCGCAGGUACCCAUUGUCAGGUGCACAGCCAGAGUCAUCGGGACCCUCGUGUUUGGUCCCCAUCUCCUCUCAGAAGAGCCCAUCUUCCAGGAACUGAUCCAGGCCAUCGACUUCGGCCUGGCCUUUGUCAGCACCGUGUGGCGCCGGCUGUAUGACUUGUUUCCCUGGGCCCUGCGCCACCUACCGGGACCCCACCAGGAGAUAUUUAGGCACCACAAGGCAGUGCGGGGCUUCAUCCACCAGGAAAUCAUCAGGCACAAGCUCAUGGGGCCUGAGGCCCCCAAGGACUUCAUCAGCUGCUACCUGGCCCGGAUCGCCGAGGCUGAGGACGACCCUGUCUCCACGUUCAGCGAGGAGAACCUGAUCCAGGUGGUGAUCGACCUGUUUCUGGGAGGCACUGACACCACGGCCACCACCCUGCGCUGGGCGCUCAUCUACAUGGUCCAGCACGAAGCUGUCCAGGAGAGGGUGCAGCAGGAGCUGGACAUGGUGCUGGGCCCUGCCCAGGCCGUCCGCUACGAGGACCGUGAGAGACUGCCCUACACCCGCGCCGUCCUCCACGAGGUGCAGCGCCUCAGCAGUGUGGUGGCCGUGGGCGCCGUGCGCCACUGUGUGGCUUCUACGCAAGUGCGCGGCUACCCCGUGCCCAAGGGCACCAUCGUUUUGCCCAACCUGGCCUCCGUGCUCUAUGACCCUGAGUGCUGGGAGACCCCCCGAGAGUUCAAUCCCAGCCAUUUCCUGGACAAGGAUGGAAACUUCGUGGCCAACGAGGCCUUCCUCCCAUUCUCUGCCGGACAUCGGAUGUGCCCGGGGGACCAGCUGGCUCGAAUGGAGCUCUUCCUGAUGUUUGCCACCCUUCUCAGGACCUUUCAGUUCCAGCUGCCCAAGGGGAGCCCAGGGCUCCGGCUGGAAUAUGUCUUUGGGGGUACUCUGCAGCCCCAGCCCCAGGAAAUCUGUGCAGUGCCCCGCCUGAGCAGCCCCAGCUCAGGGCCCAGAGAGAAGAGCCUGUAG